UUUCACUUGGUUUGGGCCAAGCUGCCUUUGCCCAUGGGAAUGGCACAGGAGCGCAGUGAUUUCAAUAGCGAUCAGAUCUGUGCUCGAUCCACUGCCAAAGCACAGUGGGGUCACUCCUCGCAGCUGGGGCUGUGUCUAGGUUUCCCUUUACUGUCCAGCAAGAAACCUGGGCUGCACUGUAAGGACAGCUCGGCCAGCUGCCAAAGCGAUCCGGGAGAGGAUCACUGCCAAACACAGUUGGCUUCUUACAAGAAACCAUCCGAAGCUACAAGAGGACAUUUCAAACCCUACAGCCCAGUAUUUCAAAGAAAAGAAAAAGCCGGGGAGGUGUCUGAAGACAUCCGUCUCUAUGUGCCCCAUUGUCCUUUUCAGAGCAGCACCAGAGGUUCUCCACGGACCCCUCCUAGGAAUGGGAUGCUGGCUUCUGACUUUUCUGAGCCCGAAGAUACAGAUGGUGACAUUGGGGCAUACACAGCACAGGGCUGGAAGGAAAAAAAACAGAAACAUAUCUCUGAACCAGAAGAUUUUAACAGGAAGACAAAAGUGCUGUCACCUCUGGAUUUGAAAGAGAAAGGUGACAAAAAUACAAGGCACUCAGAAGAAAAGCUUGAUCAAGACUUAGAGGCAAAAAAGAUGCUGGUGCUCUGUACUCAAGAGCGACCCUUGUCGUAUGAUUCCAAUGGGACAGACUUAGGUGGAACCUGUCUGGGGUAUCGAAAGAAAGGAGCGCUGGGGACUUCAGGGGAGAAGGAUGCUGACAGGAGAAAAGAUGUAUUCAACCUAUCUGCUUGUCCUGUGCCUCUCUUAUUUGCAGAUGGUGCUCCAACAGCUUUGUCAGUUGACGCAAAAGAUGCUCUGAGGAGUCCAGCUGCAGUUGCCAGGGGGCAUGCAGCUGGUCAGCCAAAAUCACCCCUGAGGGUCAUAGCCAAUGCAAUCAAGAAGUCCAUUUUAGAGCCUCUAACCUCGUCUCCAGAAGGACUAAAGCAGGACUCAGACAGCAAAGUCAAAGCCUCUUCAGAACAAACUUUCUUCAUCUUCCCCAGUACUCCUGGCUAUUCCCUAAGCCAAAGGAACAGUAACAAUAACAGUGCAAAUAACACUCAGCCACGGGAGCUUAAAGUGAGGGAGGGGGCAAGAGAGGAUUUAGGAAAUGGGAACCCUCUUUCAAAUCCACCUCAUUUGUCCAUCAGCUCCGAAAAGAGAUCUCUAAGAGAUCACAGUGAGGAGGUAUCCUUCCCAGUCUACAGUCCUCACACCAGGUCUUCCAAGGUGACCGGUACACCUCUGAAAUCACCUUGCACUAGGAUGGAGGACGUCCCAGGACUCCUAGAAAAGUUUACCUUUAAAGAGACUCCUCCAGGGGCUCCCAUGGAUGACAUAUUCAUCUGUAAGGAAAAGUACCUCCUGCUUUCAUCUCCAGAGCGCAAGAACACCUCCAAGGACAAUCUGGAUGACUCUGCACAGAAGGGUAGUCUUGGGUUGCUCUUUGAUAGACUGAGAAGUAAAGUUUGUGACAGAGAAGUUAAUUCCUUCGUGCCAUCUCUGCCUUUCAUGAAAGACCGUUCUCCAGAAUACAGGCUACGUUGUCCUUCCACAGGAUGUGAACACCUACAUGUCAGAAAACAAGCUAUCGAGUAUUCUACUUCUUCCUCCGAUGAUGAAUUUGAAUCCAAGUCUUCAUUAACAUACAAGGCAAAAAGGACUCUCAGAAGGAGAAGGAAGCUGGAGAAGGAGACAAAGCAAUUGAUUAAACAAGAGGAGCUGAAGAGGCUUCACAAAGCACAGGCAGUCCAGCGCCAACUAGAAGAACUGGAGGAAAGACAAAGAGCUUUGGAGAUUUUUGGUGUCAAACUGGAGAGAGAACUAAGAGGAGAAUCAGAUUCAGGCACAAAGGAUGAAACUCAGAUGCUACAUGAAUGGUUUGAGCUGGUCCUGGAGAAGAAUAAAUUAAUGCGUUAUGAGUCUGAGCUCCUGAUUAUAGCCCAAGAGCUAGAACUGGAGGACCACCAAAGCAGGUUGGAACAAAAGCUGAGAGAGAAAAUGGCCAUUGAUGACAGCCUUAAAGAUGAGAUGGAUCUGAAUGAGGAGGACGAAAUUUUUACUGAGAUGAUGAAAGUGGUUGAAGAAAGGGACAAACUCGUGGCCACCUUAGAGGAGCAGAGAUUGAAAGAAAAAGCAGAAGACCAGCACUUUGAAAGCAUUAUAUUAUCCAGAGGCUAUAAACUGAGCAGGAUUUAA